AUGUUUAAACUUGACGAUCUCCUCAAGGAGCUAGGUGAGUUUGGUCCCUACCAGCGCAGGGUGUUCGCCAUCACCUGUACCAUCGUCUUCUUCUCCUCAUGGCUGUCAAUGAUUCCAGUCUUCCUGGCGGCUACAGUCGAUCACUGGUGCGAGACCCCCGAAUGGACUCCCGGAUGUGAGCAGUAUGGACUUUCAGAGGAAGCUUGCGCACUAGCCCAGAAGGAAGGAAGUAUCCCUUCCAACUACACGUCAGAUGGUGAGCUUGAGUACGCACAAUGUGAGAAAUACAACGUGUCAGGAGAGGAAUUCUGGCCUGGGAUCGAUCCAUCCAACUACAGCAGCGGAUCACUACCAGUCAUUGAGUGUGACCAGGGAUGGGCCUACGAUACCAGUCAGUACAAAUCUUCUAUAGUUACAGACUUCGACCUGGUGUGUGGAAAGGAAGAUCUCACACAGGUGUCCCAAUCGCUAUACUUCGGAGGCUAUCUGCUCGGAUCCGUCGUGUUCGGAUCUCUUGCUGACGUAAUCGGACGAUGGUGGUCUUUGAUGAUCUGCAUGAUCAUCCGUCUCAUUGCCGGGUUCGCCCUUGCCUUCUCCCCGUCAUGGUGGGUGUUCUCUACCAUUCGAUUUAUUCAAGGAUUCGUCGCCAUCCCAAUUUACAUCAUUUCCUUCGUAUUAGCAAAUGAGUUUGCGGGCACUUCAAAACGAAACAUCACCGGGAUACUUUUCGCUGUCCCCUUUGCCACGGGGUACGUAUGCCUUGCUCUGGUUGCCUACUUCAUUCGCUACUGGAAGACUCUAGAGAUCGUUGCUACUGUUCCUACUCUCGUCCUGAUGGCAAUUAUGAUGUUCCUACCCGAGUCGGUAAGGUGGCAAAUAUCUAGCGGUAGAUACGACAAAGCGGAGAAGACACUUGCAACAAUGGCUAAAUCCAACAAGAAGACACUUCCAUCACCGCUCUUUACUGAGCAAUUCAAAGAGCAAAGGAAAUCAGAAGGAGCGGGACAUCAAGCAUCUGCCUUGGACCUCUUCCGAACUCCUAAGAUGCGAAUGCGAAGCAUUAAUCUCACCUUUAACUGGAUGGUUAACGCAGUCGUUUACCAUGGAUUGUCUUUGAACACAUCCAACCUCGGGGUCAACGAUUACCUUGCCUUUGCAAUCGCAGGAGCCGUCGAGAUCCCAGCCUACCUCUUCUCAUCUGUACUCGUCGAAGUUAUCGGGAGACCUCGAUGUCUCUGCGGUCUGCUCCUCCUCAGCGGAGCCUCGCUACUCUCUUCAGCCAUAUUUCCCCCUGGAACGGCACUUACAGUCUUUGCUAUGAUAGGCAAGUUUGGUAUAUCUGCUGCCUAUGCAGUCCUCUUCCUGUAUACUGUUGAACUCUACCCAACGUCAAUCAGGAGCUCCGCGAUGGGCCUAUUCUCGACCUUCUCCCGCGUGGCAGGUAUCAUCUCUCCCCUCAUUCUCACACUAUCCAAGUACUGGCGCCCCCUCCCCAUGGUGAUCUAUGGUGCAGCAGGGGUAGCCGUCGGGUUCUCCACCCUCCUCCUCCCCGAAACCCGAGGGAGGAAACUCCCUGACACGCUGGAAGAGGGCGAGAACUUUGGAAUGAAAAGCCUAAAAGAGGAGAAGGUGAAUGUAACAUCGAAGACGAGGUCUGUUCAAAUAAACUGUUCCGAGGAGGAAAAAGGAGUUGCAGUUUAAAUUUACCAAUAUGCAAUUUAAAAGAGAUUGUAAGAUGAUCG